AUUAUAAGUGAAACUAUCAGACAAAUGGAGGCCAUCAUUUUUCAAAAAUUUUUUAAAUUUAAUGCUAAAUUGUAAACAAAUUAAACGAUAUAUGUUCUAUCUGUCCAUACUUGUCACGUGGAAUGGAGUGCGCCGAUUUAUCUUGGAAUUCUGGAGAUACUGUAUCCGUGAAGAACACUUUGAAUGACGAUAAAAAUAUCAAUCGCGUCGAUGAAGAUAAUUUUCAAUGCACAUUUUUCCGACAAUCUAAACGCAAAUCUUUGGUAUGAUAUUUUAUAAAGAAUAAUUUUCACGUUUCAUUAAUUAAAUUUACCCUCUUUUGGCAGCCUACGAGCAACGUUCAACCUUCAUUAAAUGAAAAAUCUAUAUCAUUUUAUUUAUCUGAUACUUGUACCGAUUCGGAGAGUGAGCUUGAUGAAUCGAGAAAAACGCCAUGUGUAGAAACGUUUUAUACGAAUCCUGAGAACUUAAGUCUGAAUAACGAUCAAUUUUUAAAAUCACAUAAUAAAGUAGUUACUUUACCGAAAGUAACAUUUGAUCAAAAUUUGUAUAUUCAUUCGGAUAAUCCAAAAUUUUCUACGAAGAAACGACCUAUGCGUAAAGAAGAUGAAAAAUAUUUCACAAAAGCCGUACGAUUGAAAAAGAAAAAUUGUUUGAAAGAAAAAACUGAUUUGAAAAAUAAAAAGUAUCAUACUACAAAUAUGAAAGUCUAUACAUCGCGAUUCCCUAAGAAAUACAAUAAUCAAAUAAUAAUGAAGAAUGAAAUGAUCUUUCAACAAUUUAUGAUAAGUAAUAACAAUAGGAAUGUGUAUUCAGAUCAAAAAAAAAGUAUUCUUCGUGGUACUAAGAGAACCUAUGAUUCCAUGUAUAUCAUAAAAGAUGAUAUUACUUCCAAGAAGAAAAAAAGUAUCGAAAAUAGAAUCAUGAAGAACAAACUUUUGUUAAAAUCUGUACAAGAUAUAAUUCGUGAAAUGAAUUUACAAGAAGCACAACAAAAAGCAUAUAAAAAGCAAUUGGAGAUGAAAGCAUAUAACAUCAAGCCUGAGAAUAAGAUUGCGGAGAUCGAUUUAACGAAAUUGACGAGAGAGGAAGUGCAAAUUAAGAAACCAAAGAAAGUUAUGAACAAUUAUGGAAUUAAAAUCGAAAUAAAGAAACCAAUUUUUAAGAAGCCGGAAAUAGAGAAAUUAUUGAACGAAUCUAUGCAUGAAGCUAUAAAAAAAUAUAGAUCGUGUACGCAUUCAUGGGAAGAGAACUGGAAGAAACUCAGAAAUGUUUAAAAAAUAUUUUCUUAUCGUAAAUCCUGAAUAUAGAACAAUAUCGAAAUUUAUUUAUCGAUUGUCAAUAUAUCGAUUGUCAAUACAUCGAUUGUCACAAUCGAUGUUAUAAAAUGGUUUCAAUUUUUUAUCAAAAGUUUUUAUAAUGUAAAUUAAAAUGUGAAAAUAGAGACAUGAAUAAAACAUGUUAAAAAAUGAAAAUUUUUUGUUAAUAAAAAGAUUGUACAAUGCGGCAAACGAAGAAUUGUAUAAUUUUUUUUGAAGCUAAUGACCAAGACAAUAGAAAUAAUACCUUGAUUACAGAUUCUAACCAUGGAUUUCCCAAUAUUCAAAAUAAAAUAUCAGAAAACACAAAACAUAAAUCGGAAAUCUCGAAUAAUAUAAAAACUGUAGUGACACGAAAAUGGCAAAUUAUGUUAAUCUCCGCGGAUUGCACAAUUAAAAAACACUGUCAAGGUUGGCAGGUACGAAAGAAUUGAAUUAAAAAAGCAACAGAAUAUUUUCUACAAGUAAUAAAAUACAUAUAAAAAUAUUUCGCAACAUUUUUUGUAAGAUAUAUCCAAAAGAUCCAAAGGAAAUUGAGGAAGAAUCAAAGUUAAUUUUAAAAAAAGUUUCCGAUCCCAUAAUGGUUACAAACAUAGAACCUAUAAAAACUGCAAAUGCCGAGAUUCUUUGCAAUCGCGAUGAUCUCGAUGAUUUACUUAUGGACGAGGAGAAAGAAAAUGAGAAUACUUACGGCAAGAUUAUUUUGAGGGAAUACAUGAGACUUCUUAACAGUGAAAAUGCAAAGAUCAAUUUUAUCUUAAAAAUUUUAUCAAAAGCUGUAAACGAACAUAAAAUUUUCGUGAUUUAUGGUAUAUUUCCACCGAUAAGAAAACCUUUAGGACAGAGAGGUUGGAUAGAGAAAAAAUUUAUCAGAAAAAUGCUCUCAAUGUCUCCAGAAAUUUCCGAAGCUGGUUUAGAAACAGUCGAAAAAUUGUUGAGAUGUCCUCCAAAUUUUAUAUGGUAUUCCAAUAAGAGAGCAUCUAUUAGAACAGAAGACAGAACCAUAGUCAACAAAUUUACUGGAUGUUAUUUUACGUCAAAAGUCGAUAUGUGCAAUAAUUUAGAGAAUAUUUCUUGGUAUUAUGAAGCUGACGUAUCAAACGUACAAUUUCCACGAUGCUACAAUGUUUAUCAGCCUGCACAGAUAGAGGAAUUCAUUCAAGAUUUUUACAUCACGGCUAGCAUGGGAAUUCUUAAGUGGUUUUUAUACUUCGCCAGUGUUGUUGGACCAAAUGCCGUUUGGUCAGAAGACGGGACUAUUCCUAUAAAAGCAAUUUUAUUCGCUCUUGAACGAUGCAGUGAAUAUAUAAGUGUUUGUGCACACGAAGAUAUAGACGGAAAACAUAAUAAAGACAUACCGAUUCCUGAUUGGAAUGAAUUUUUAUCGUGGUACAAAAAAAUUUUGCAAAGACGUGGAGUAUUGCAAAAAAAAAAUGAAAUAAACAUUGAGGAACUUUUACGAUACACAUCAAACAUUAUGAAAAGAAUGAUGCAAUGUCGUCCCCAAACUCAAAUCGAUGGAAUGAGGAAUAUCUGGAUUAUAAAACCGGGUGAUAAAAGUUUGGGCAAAGGUAUAAUUCUUAAGAAUUCAUUAUCGGAAAUUUUAACAAAAAUAAAUCAAGCUUCCAAGGAAUGUAUGCAGUAUGUUGUGCAAAAGUACAUAGAACGACCACUACUCGUACAUAGAACGAAAGUUGAUAUUAGGCAAUGGUUUUUGAUUACCAGUACGCAGCCUCUUACAGUCUGGAUAUACAAGGAUAUUCUGGUUCGUUUUGCAUCGAAAAAUUUUACACUCAAUAAUUUCCACGAAUCGAUUCAUUUAUGCAAUACAACUGUGCAAUUGAAAUACAGAAAAACAAUACAUGAGGGUGCACCAAUACCUAGCGAACUUCAUUGGAAUCUUCAUAACUUCAAAGAAUAUUUAAAAGCCAUAGAUCGCGAAUUAGCAUGGGAAAAGCUCAUUAAACCGGGUAUAAAACAAAAUUUAAUUGGGGCACUUCUGGCGUCUCAAGAAAAUAUGGUCAAUCGAAAAAAUAGCUUUCAAUUAUACGGUGCUGAUUUUUUAAUAAUGGAUGACCUAUCAGUCUGGUUGAUUGAAAUCAAUACAAAUCCAAGAUUGCAUCCUCCAAGUAGCAGUGUUACUGAAAAACUUUAUCCAGAAAUAAUAGAAGAUACUAUCAAAGUGGUUUUAGAUCGUCGUAAAAAUAAGAAAGCAGCUCGUGGUAAAUUCGAAUGCAUUUACAGACAACGCAAUCCAUUUUACAGAAAUGUUUUAGGAAAAGGAGUAAGUCUUGGAAUUCGUGGUAAAGCUGUAUUUUCCAAAAAUUCGAUUCGAAGUCGAUUAUAAAACAUGAAAUAUAAAAUAAACGAGAUUUAAUAAAAA